GCCGCCGUUAAUAUUUGUCGGCGCAGGGCUCUGCUUUCAAUUGUUUAUUUAUUUCACUAAAUUUGUUAAUUAGAUAAAAUGGAUAUUGCCACCGCAGAACAAUCUUUACAAAUAAAGGUGCCCACUCUUAAACUUAAAGAGAAAAUACGUGAAUACACUAAAUCUCACCGGGAACAAUUACGCGCCAAUUCCUUGGACGCCUUACGAAUUGGUAUAGGAGAGAUUAAAGCGCGCAUUCAAGAAUUGGAAAAUUUGACUGAAAAGGAUGUCACUGGCUUGGCUGGACGUAUAAAACGGCGUAAACAUGCCACCAAUGAAGAUAUGUACAGAUUAUCGCAUGCAUUUCUGCAAGAUGAGAAGAACAUCGAAACGUUUAAUAAAAUACCGGGGGCGAUACAAGUCUUGGUUAAGGAAUUGACAGGCAAAGACUCCGAACGCCAACUAAGCGCAGCAGAGUGUUUGUGUAAUCUGUCUUUGGGCCAGGCGCCCGUGUGUGAAAAAAUCUCUUCACUGGCAGGCAGCUAUCUUGUAACAUAUCUUCACACUACCGAAACCCAGUUGGUGCGUAUGUGUCUUUGGACUUUGGCCAAUAUUUUAGCUACCGGCCAUAAAGGUGCCUCAACCCUAAUGCAAAUGCAAUUGCUGCCUCAGUUGUGGAAACUUUAUACAGAUGAUGAGGUAGCCGAUACACUGGCAGAUUUUCGUGAAGAUGCCGCCAUAUGCCUACAGUUAAUAGCUUUAAGCUCUGAAGUAUUGCUAAGACAAGAGGAUCGCGAUUAUGUAUUUGAAAAUUUUAUGGGAAAAAAUCCCACUUGCUUAGCUGCAGAAUAUCAUUUACAAAUAAUUUUUCAUGUUUUCUUUUAUAUCCCAAAAUCGGUGGCCAAUUUUAACUCCUCCCAGUUAAUGUAUCUCAUAAAUUAUUCGCUAAGUAACAUUUGUAAUACUAAAGAAUUUAAAAGUGCUUCUCAGCACUUAAAGAUUGUAUACGCAAUUCGUGUAUUGGCUAAUUUGUUAGCUUGUCAUCCUAACAGCUAUUCUUUGCUAUUGCAACAAUUAUCAUUAGUUUGGCAUACAAAUCUUGGAUUCCUUUUGAAUACUCUUUUUGGCUUUCAAAAUGUUUAUUUAACGCAAGAGCUGUUGUGGUUUUUAAAAAAUAUUUUGAAUUUAGAGAAUUCUUUAAACUUAGGCCAGAAUAAUUUUCUAGAGAAGUUAAAUAUUUGCAAAAGUAAUAUAUUAGAUCAAAUGUCUACUGUAAAUAGUGUUGCAACUGAAUAGUUGAUGCUAGGUUUUAUAAAUGUGGAAUUUAUUUAUUAUUGUUGAAUUGAAUAAAAUGUAUUUGGAUUGUUAAAUUUGAAAUCAAA